AUGACCGACUCUGAACCUUCCUACAUCGACUACGAAGCCUUCCUUGAUCCCUCAUUCUCCCCCACUUCUUUCGCCAACACCCUUGUCACAAGCACCAACAAUCUGUCUGACACCCCACUCGAUCUAUCCACUCCACUGUCUCGUGUCCUCUUUGAUAUACAAGAGAUUGACACUCAUAUCCAUACAUUGACCACGAAAUCUGCACUUCCUCUGCUCACACAUACCCGCGAUCAGGCAGAUGCUGGCCAGCGGGUUUUGGAGGCUGUUGAAGGGCAGGUUUCUGCUCUGAGGGAGGGAUAUAAGAGGCUGGAGAAGGAUGUUUUGGAGCGGUGGGAAAGUGCGGAGGAGGUUAGAGGUGCUGCGGAAAGGUCAUGGGCGACUGUGAGACUGGCGAGAGCUGUGGGAAGGUGCUUGGUGUUGGGUAGGCAGCUGGAGGGCCAGAUGUUGGAGCUUACUGGUCGUCCAUGGGGCGCGGGGACGUUUAGUAGUGGCUCCCAAGGGACAGAGGAUCACAGGGCACUAGUGCGAGCGUCUAAUACACUGCUGAUGCUUCGGCGGAUGUUUAUCACUACUGAAGAUGGGGAUGAAGGCUAUGGGCUGGAUCGGGUUAAAGUUAUCAGGACAUUGAGAGGUGAUCUCGUCACACCGGCUGAGAGCAUGGUUAAGGCAAGAGCAACGCAAAUUAUCAAUAGAUUCUCGCUCUCCUCUUUAGCGACUGACACGAGUGGUGUAACAUCGGGUGCUGGUGGUUCGGGGACUCAGCUCCAAUCUGCCAGGGCAUCGACUUUUGCGCAAGCCGAAGAGGCGAAGUCCCGAAUCGCGUCCGCCAUCACCGCAUUAUAUUUAUUAUCCCCAACUCCAAGAACGUCGAUUCUGGUGUCUGAAUUCCAGCCAGAGUUACUGCUUGCAACUUUGAAAGGUUAUAUUCAUACAUCUCUAAUUUCAUCGCUAGCUUCGUUGUCGCGAUCACUCUCGAUGCUGCCAACCCUCGACCGGACGCUCCAAGAGACAUCUGCGAGGUGUCAAAACAUUAUGGCUUUGGAAGCCCUUCUCGAAACCAUCAAACCUCCCGCCCAUCCUUUCCUUUACUAUAACCACCCGGCCCAUCCCAUUGACCCAUAUACCACCAACACAUCCAAGUCACAUGCCUCUUUAAAAAACAAGAAUAACCUUCUCCAGCCAUUACUCCAAUGUCUCGACACAUCCUCUCUCCCUUCCUACUUCUGGCGCUCACUAGCCUCGUCCCUCACAACGCGAGUUCAAGAGAUCAUCAAUCGCGGAGGUGUUUCCUCGCGAACGUUGAGAUCGAAUCGAGAACGAUUGCGUGAGGAACUGAGGGAAUGUGUUCUACGAGGAUCGAGGUUACCCAGUAAUAGUAUCAGUAGACUGGGGGCUUCGACAGCGUCGCCCAUAGUGGUGGGGAAUUGGGAGAGGGAAGCAGCUGUUAUGGUGCGUGCCGUUGUGGGUGUCUUGGGAAGUUAG